AAGUUGAUCGGGAAAUGGCAAAAGAAGUAGCCAGUCAGGUUGAGGAGGAAGCUAGCGCGGCUGAGGUGAGUAAUAAAGACGAAGUUGGAGAAAAGCAGCAGUUAGCAAUAAUGAUAGCACCGAUCUCACGAUGGUCGGUUCUACGUUCACACAUCCCCGAAUACACAAUUUUUUCAUCAUCGGAGCAGCACUUUCCGGCAACUCUGCUCCGAAUUCUCCUCGCCCGCGCCGGAAUCGAAAAAAACCCUGGGCCUCACACGUGCAGUGUCUGCGAACUCAGAAUUCACGACCGCUCUAUAUCAGUGCGCUGCACAAAUUGCAAUCGAUGGUGCCAUCUCAGACAAUGCUCAGGCCUCAACAGUCACAGAGAAUGGCAAGCAAACUUCAUCGCAGGCGAACCAAACAGCACCCGACAGCAAUAUGCACCUGGGCAACAAAACACACAUAACCUCAACGUAUCACACCAAAUGCAACAUUACUCAGGAAUGCAAAUGCAAACACAUAACCUCGACAUAUCACACCAAAUGCAACAUUACACAGCAAUGCAAACGCAGACCAGAGGGCAACGUACGCAACCACGUCCGCAUGUACAUCCCGAAACGCAAGAGCGGCAACAACCCAGCACCACCAACAGGCAAGUCUGGCUGUGUUGUGUAUGCAACAACCGCAUACAUGGUAACGCCACGUCCGUUCAAUGCAGUGGCUGUGAAGGAUGGUGCGACUUCCGCAAUUGUUCAGGCCUAAACAGAGCACGGGAUCGCUUACCCAACUAUCUGGCUCCCUGCUGCACUGUACCCAACAAUAAUCAGCAACCACCAACGCCCACUCAGCAAGCUAACCCUACGUAUUUGCAACCCCAGACGUCAGUGCGAGCAAUUACACAGCAGCCGCACCAGCAACCUGAAAGCCACCACAGACAAAACCAAUAACCCCAAACUCG